UGCUGCCUCUCAAUUGCCCUUUUGCUCUCCAUUCUUCUCCCUGCUGCUUCAGCUCCUCCCACGCGGAUCCUCACAACCGAUGACACCCCCCGUGCCAUCGGAUCCCUCACUCUCCAGUUUCUCUCUCCAUCUGGCCCACUGUAUUGGAGUCCCUCAGCAUGCGGUGGCGGCUGCCUGGCGCCCGGUCGACCCUUCCUGCCAGUGUCGCACUCCUCCUGCUCCCCGUUCUUGUUGCUCCGCAGCAGUGGCAUGAACCUCACCAUGAGCUCUCCUCCACCGUUUCCGUCCCCCUCCGACCGACCGGUUUCACCUCCGGCGUUGAUGCUCCCCCCUCUUUCGACGUGAAAUCCAACGAUGCGAGCGCCCUAGCAACCCUGGCUCUGGCCGGCUCUGGCCGCGCCGUUCGAGCCCCUCCUGCCCAGGUCAGCAGCUCUUCCGCUGGCCUGGCUCCGCAGCUUCACGCGCGGUCCCUGCAGGACUGGGAGGUUGAGGACUUUGUCCUGCUGGCGACCGUCGACGGUUCCAUUCACGCACGCGACCGCAAGACCGGUGCCGCUCGUUGGGCCCUCGAGGUCCCGAGCAGCCCUAUGGUCGAAAGCCUCUACCACCGAGCCAACCGGUCCAGCUUCGACCGUGCCCAACCCGAGGACGAUUUCAUCUGGAUCGUCGAGCCGAGUCAGGGCGGAAGCCUCUACAUCUAUAGCUCGGGGCCGGAGGCCGGCCUCCAGAAAUUGGGAUUGACUGUGAAGGAACUUGUUGACGAAACGCCUUACUCGGGGACCGACCCGGCUGUUACUUACACGGCACGGAAGGAAACGACCCUUUAUACCAUUGAUGCUCGCACCGGAAACAUCAUCCGAGUCUUUAGCUCCAGAGGCCCAAUCUCGUCAGGUCAGGAAUGUCGUAAGGUCGAUGGACUGGAUGUGGAUAUGGAGGAAUGUGAAUCCCCUUCGGGUACUCUAGUUCUUGGUCGUGUCGAAUACACGGUAGCCAUCCAGAACACCGAAACCGGUGAUCCGAUCUGCACUCUCAAAUACUCGGAGUGGACGGCCAACAACCGGGAUAUGGACCUCCAGAGCCAGUACCUCCGCACGAUGGACCAAAGCCAUAUUUACAGCAUGCAUGACGGUGUGGUCCUCGGCUUCGAUCAUUCCCGGAUGGACCGGCCACGAUACACCCAGCGAUUCUCGAGUCCGGUGGUCCGCGUCUUCGAUGUUGCUCGUCCGGUCAGCGCCGACUCAUCCAAUGACCCUACUCCCCUUAUUCUACUCUCGCAGCCUCUGCAGCCUCCUGACCCCGACUACGGUACGCUUGACGAUCGUGACGAACGAGUGUUCAUUGAUUAUACUGAGGGUGGUGGCUGGUAUGCCAUGUCGGAGGCGACCUACCCGCUUGUCACCGGAAGAGCCAAGAUGGCCCAAUGCUACGAAAAAGACUACCUCCGCCAUGGUCAACCCCUGACAAGCUUGACCCCAAGGCAGCAACAAGAUGCACUAGCAGGAGUUCAUUCUCUGAACGGCCCACGCGUUGUCCGCCGUCACAUUCCCAGCAUUUCUGGUCCCUCGUCCGCCGAUAUGUCCAACGAUACGCCUCGGGAGUUAAUCUAUAGCUCGUCCGACCUGGCACUGCCUCCAGCCCUACGCCACAGCACCAUCAUACGGAAGGGCUGGGAUAAUGCCAUUGACAUUUUCGUGACGCUCUUGCUUCUCUUUUUUGGCACCUUCAUCUGGUUCAAUUCUCAUCACAUUCAGGAACUCGCCAAACAGAAGUUGGAUCUGAAAAAUAUCAUGGCCUCGUACGGACAGCCCAUGUCUACCCCGCCGACCCCAAUCGUGGAAGGCCCUCAUUUGAAACGCGAGGCCAGUCCUAACCGUAUGGCGAAUCUGACUGUCGAUAUGAAUGUUUCAGAUGAGCAGCCGCAGGGUGGUGAUUCGACGCCAAGGCCCAAGAAAUCCCAAAACUCUCUUGCGCCCGACACAACUCCACGCGUACGCAUCCGGGAACCGUCCCAAGGCCCAGAUGGUGAUGACGAUGUGGACGAGCUCAAUUUACAAGAUGGCGAAAAGCCUAAGAAGAAGGCUCGCCGCGGUCGUCGUGGUGGCAAGAAUCAUAGGCGGGGUAAGAAGCCGAAUAGCGACAGUGAAUCGAGAGAUCCCGCCGAUCGUGUUGUUGAGGAAGUGAACAAGCUCCAACCUCAGUCUCGCUUGGAACCCGAUGUACAGCUGACCCGGACGGUGUCGCAUGAGAUCAUGGAAAUGGAUGGGGUUCUCCAGAUCGGCCGUCUCAGGGUGUACACUGACGUGGUCUUGGGACACGGAAGCCACGGGACCGUGGUGUAUCGAGGCUCGUUCGAUGGACGCGAUGUGGCUGUCAAGCGCAUGCUGGUAGAAUUCUAUGAUAUCGCAUCCCAUGAAGUUGGCCUGUUGCAAGAAAGUGAUGACCAUGGCAAUGUGAUCCGGUACUACUGCCGAGAGCAGGCUGCUGGUUUCCUCUACAUUGCUCUGGAGCUGUGCCCGGCCUCUUUGCAGGAUGUGGUUGAACGUCCAUCGGAUUUCCCGCAAUUAGUCCAGGGCGGCUUGGAUUUGCCCGACGUUCUGCGCCAAAUUGUGGCAGGUGUUCGCUAUCUCCAUUCCCUCAAAAUCGUGCACCGCGAUCUGAAGCCACAGAACAUCCUGGUGGCCAUGCCGCGCGGACGUACUGGCUCACGCUCCCUGCGGUUGCUGAUUUCGGAUUUCGGCUUGUGUAAGAAGCUCGAGGACAACCAAAGCUCCUUCCGCGCGACUACGGCACAUGCCGCAGGUACCUCGGGCUGGCGAGCCCCUGAAUUGCUGGUAGACGACGACAUGAGCCCGGCUAUGCAGGGAAGCGAGUCCCAACACACCGAAUCUUCAGAACCAGCUGUGGUGGACCCUCAAACCAAUCGGCGGGCUACUCGAGCCAUCGACAUUUUCUCUUUGGGCUGUGUCUUUUAUUACGUUCUGACGCGGGGCUGUCACCCUUUUGACAAGAAUGGCAAGUUUAUGCGUGAGGCCAACAUUGUCAAGGGCAACUACAACCUUGAUGAGCUGCAGCGUCUGGGCGAUUAUGCCUACGAGGCUGAAGAUCUGAUCCAGUCCAUGUUGUCGCUCGAUCCUCGACGACGCCCCGAUGCGAGCGCCGUGUUGACGCACCCGUUCUUUUGGCCUCCAUCUGACCGUCUCAGCUUCCUCUGCGAUGUCUCGGAUCACUUUGAAUUCGAACCGCGGGAUCCUCCUUCGGACGCUCUUCUGUGUCUCGAGUCGGUCGCUCCACGAGUGAUGGGCCCGGACAUGGAUUUCCUGCGACUACUGCCACGGGACUUCAAGGACAAUCUCGGCAAGCAGCGUAAAUACACGGGAUCUAAGAUGCUAGAUUUGCUGCGAGCCCUCCGGAACAAGCGCAACCAUUACAACGACAUGCCGGAGCAUCUCAAGGCACACAUUGGCGGCUUACCGGAAGGGUAUCUCAAUUUUUGGACUGUGCGAUUUCCCAGUCUUCUCAUGAGCUGCCACUGGGUCAUUGUGGAGUUGCGUUUGACUCGGUCCGACCGCUUCAAGCGCUACUUCACGGCGAUCGACUAGCUGGUUGCCAACGUAGACGCCAUUUACUUGUAUAUAAGCAUAUGUAGAUGACAUGUUACAAUUCCAUAAGUGAUACGAG